AUGAAUGAUAAACGCAACGUUUACACUUUCGAGGAUUACAAGUGCUCGCCCGAUCCAGUAUUCACAGUGCAGAGGGAAUGUCUGGAGCCUGGCCCGGCGCCGAUAGUGGUGGAUAACGGCUCGUUCCAGUGCCGCGCGGGCUGGGCGUGUGGGGUGUCUCAGCGGGAGCAGCCGCGGCUCGUGUUCAGGUCUGUAGCCGCGCGCAGCAGAGGGGCCGCUCGCAGCGAGGCGCACGUGGGGAAUGACAUCCCUAACCUCGAGCCGCUGCGCUGGACCUUCAAGAGCGCGUUUGACCGCAACUUGGUGGUUAAUUUUGACAUACAGGAGCUCAUGCUUGAUUACGUCUUCAUGCACCUCGGAAUAAGCACCCAGAUUGAGCACAUGUACGGCGGCACUGUUCAAGCCCAUAAAGUAGUUAAACUCUGCUUAGUCAUGACACCCUGUGGCGUGUGUAUCGCACAGUCUCUGAAGAUCCCUCGGGAGCCGAGGCCUGGGGAAUUCGACAAGAUCAUCCGCCGCCUCCUGGAGACCCCCAACGCUCGGGCCAUCAUCAUGUUCGCAAACGAGGACGAUAUCAGACGAGUGCUGGAUGCUGCCAAGAGGAGCAACCAGACGGGUCAUUUCCUGUGGGUGGGGUCUGACAGCUGGGGCUCCAAGAUCUCACCGGUCAUUCAGCAGGAGAGAGUAGCAGAAGGGGCCAUUACCAUCCUGCCCAAACGCGCCACGGUGGAGGCGUUCGAUCGCUACUUCCGGAGCCGCUCGCUCUCCAAUAACAGAAGGAACGUGUGGUUUGCUGAGUUCUGGGAGGAGAACUUUGGAUGCAAGCUGGGGAUGCAUGGAAAGCGGCCAGGAAGCCUUAAAAAGUGCACCGGUCUGGAGAAGGUGGGCCGUGACUCCAGUUACGAGCAGGAAGGGAAGGUACAGUUCGUGAUGGAUGCGGUUUAUGCCAUGGCACACGCGCUGCACCGCAUGCACAGGGACUAUUGCUUCGGAUACCCCGGCCUCUGCCCCCGCAUGAGCAAUAUCAACGGAAAGGAGCUCCUCGGAUACAUCCGGAGCGUUAAUUUCAAUGGAAGUGCAAGCACUCCAGUGGUCUUCAAUCAGAACGGAGAUGCGCCAGGGCGUUAUGACAUCUUCCAGUAUCAGAUCACCAACAAAUCGACAGCUGAGUACAAAGUUAUCGGCCAGUGGGCAAACAAACUGCAUCUUAAUGUGGAUGCCAUGCGCUGGCGGACAGGCAACCCCACGCUUCCAGCCUCGGUGUGUAGUGUGCCUUGCCAAAUGGGUGAAAGGAAGAAGAUCGUGAAGGGUGUACCUUGCUGCUGGCAUUGUGAGCGAUGCGAAGGCUACCACUUCCAAGUCAGCGAGUUCAGUUGCGAGUUGUGUCCGUAUGAGCAGCGCCCAGACCGCAAUCGCACCGGUUGCAUCCCCAUCCCGAUCAUCAAACUUGAAUGGCACUCUGCUUGGGCGGCUGUACCGGUGUUUGUUGCGGUUCUUGGCAUCCUGGCUACAAGUUUUGUGGUGGUCACUUUCGUCCGCUACAAUGACACACCAAUUGUACGCGCAUGCGGCCGAGAGAUGAGCUACGUGCUUCUGACUGGGAUUUUUUUGUGCUACGCCAUCACCUUCUUGAUGAUCGCUACGCCUUGUUUGGCCGUCUGCUCCUUCCGAAGGGUGUUCCUGGGUUUGGGCAUGUGCUUCAGCUACGCUGCUCUCCUAACCAAGACCAACCGCAUUCACCGCAUCUUCGAGCAAGGCAAGAAGUCGGUGGCUGCACCACGCUUCAUCAGCCCUGCUUCUCAGCUGGUCAUCACCUUCAGCCUGAUCUCGGUGCAGCUGCUCGGUGUGUUCGUGUGGUUCGCCGGUGAUCCGCCACACACAGUGGUGGACUACGGCGAGCAGCGCACAUCCGACCCCGAGAAGGCUCGUGGGGUUCUCAAGUGUGACAUCUCGGACCUGUCGCUCAUCUGUUCGCUGGGCUACAGCAUCCUUUUGAUGGUAACAUGCACUGUUUAUGCCAUCAAGACCCGCGGCGUGCCAGAGACCUUCAACGAGGCCAAGCCAAUUGGAUUUACUAUGUACACUACCUGCAUCAUUUGGUUAGCUUUUAUACCUAUCUUCUUUGGCACCGCACAGUCGGCAGAAAGGAUGUACAUCCAGACCACCACCCUCACCAUCUCUCUCAGCCUCAGCGCGUCUGUGUCUCUGGGGAUGCUCUACAUGCCCAAAGUCUACGUCAUCAUCCUCCACCCGGAGCAGAACGUGCCCAAACGCAAGCGCAGCUUCAAAGCUAUCGUCACUGCUGCCACCAUGUCAGGGAAACUUGUACAGACGGGAAGCGACCGGCCCAACGGGGAAGUGAAGACCGAGCUUUGUGAGAGCAUGGAGACCAACACAGCAUCUUCUACCAAGACGACAUAUGUCAGCUACAGCAAUCAUGCCAUCUGAAGAGGGACACUCUCUGUGGGCGGAGCCGAGGACGGGGCCCUUUCUGAAGCAGGAUGUCUGUCAUGUGACAUGCGCUGACAGGCAAAUGGGCCUGGAACGGGCAUCUGAGCAUGAGAUUUUUAUAUCGUUCUGCAUAAAUCUAAAACCUGCAGCAUACUGGAACAUGAAUGGACGUACGGGACCUUCCGGUGAGACUGCUAUCUUGCUUUCAAGAGCUACUGAUCCUGCCAUGAACACACGUGAACACGCACACACUCACAAAACUGAAGGUGCCGGCUUGCAGUCAUACGAAAAAAGAACUUUCCACAAAUAAUCGUGCAAACAUUCUGCAGGUGGAGACGUUCACGGUAAACUUUGGAAAUGAGGAU